GCUCUCUCCUCUCUCCGUCUCUCUCUUUCUGCGAAAACGUGCAGGUUUCUCGCACAGCGGCACGCAAAAGUUGGGAACUUUUUAGGUCAUUUUUGACGUUCUCUCAGGAUCUUGCUUUGGAGUUUGGGGUGGGUUGGGAGGGAGCGAAAGGCGAGGCGAUUGGGAUUACGAUUACGAGGCCGCCUGCUGCUGCUGUUGUUACCACAUCAGUUCUCACCUCCCCCGUCUCUUCUCUCUCUCUCUCUCUCUCUCUCCGUCUCGUUUGUCUGCGAGCUUGCAGUGGGCGCAGUUCGACCACCGACACGCCUCGCUCCGCCUUCGAGGUGGUGUGGCCGUCGUUAUUGGCGGCAUUUCACACCGGAAGUUCGUAAUCUCUGAUGGAUUGUAGAGUCCCAAUUUACUGAGUUAAUCUACCUAUGGUUUGCAGUUAAUGUAACCAGAGACAUUUGUGAGCUACGUCGUUCCGGGCAUUGAGGUUUAAAAGAUUAAAGAAUACAGUGGUGGCUUGGUGAAAGGGAUAAAUAAUGUGGUACUGAGGUGCUAAAAUAUCAUGCUGUCUUAGAUAAGUAAUUCCUUGGAAGUAUGGAAUGUUCAGAGCUCAACAAGAGUUCGGGAGUUAAGAAAGCGCCCAAGACAGAAAAUGGGAAGACUCAUGCUUAUCGCAGUAUGAAUCUGCAGGAAAGGUUCCAAGUAGAUGCUAACUUGUCAAAUGCUGAUUUCCAUCAUGAAAUCACAAAGGUUGUUGAAGAUGUACCAACUUAUCCUUUGGAGGAUAAACAAAAGGCCAGGAUCAGAAGAAAUACAACCGAGGAUGAUGAGCUGGUUAAGUACAUGUCGAAGUUGCCAGCUUUUCUUGAGAAGGGGAAAAAUAUCCAGGAGAAAGCUUUUAGCGUUGGAGUUCUUGACUGGCGACGUCUUGAAAAAUGGCAGCAUAGUCACAAACAGACAGUGCCCGGAUAUAGCAGGUAUUCCACGUCUAGUAGCAGCACCUCCUCUUCAUUCUCGGUGGAGGGAUCGUCCAGCCAUUCCAGCAGAGGUCGUAGUUGCUCCCCCAUACACCAGAGAAUACCUCGCUCCACGCUUCAAUCUGAGCUGCUAUCUUCUCCCAAAGAUAUGGAUGUGCAGUCGUCUGUGAGGCCUUUAAGAGAUAAUCUCGGUAAGUGUAAAGAUCUGAAAGAUGGCCAUGAGAAUGACUACCGGCAGGCGCAGCAUGAAGUCAACGGAACAGUUCAGAUCCGUUUAGGGGAAAAGAUGGAGGAUAAAAAGGGUAGGUGUGACCCUGAGCCCAUUCAGAACGCUGAAACUCUGCCAUGCUUCGGAAGCGCCGAGGUGGGAUCUUGUUCCGCUGAGAAGGCGGAAAUUAAAGAACGUGAUUUUGUGAAGAGAUUGGAAAGGACCCAAGAGUCAAACUCUGGUGUCUUUGAGCCAGAAUUAACAGAAAAACCCAAUAGAGUGGUUCUCCUCGUGCCCAAAGAUGUGCCAAAUCGUGCUAAUCCUGAAGUAUCCAAGCUUGUGAAGUCGAGAACACAUUCCGACAAGAAAUUAUCAGAGGUAAGUAGAAGGGGUAUUCUGGAAAGAUCCAGGGAAACUCAUCAUGCAAGACUCCAUUCGGACAUGCAACAUUCUUGCACUUGCCCCUUGCCUCUUGAAUUUGACUGUAACAGCCAAUUACGAAUGAAAAGGCCUAGCUCCAUGGAUGCAGGGAGUUCAAAGUUUCCGUCGGAUGUGUCUCGUCAACCAGAACGGUCAGCUGGGGUUUCUUGUACAUCUAGAGUAGGAAAUUCAGAUACGAAAAUUCCAAGUAUCAUGCCAAUGGUUUCAGAUGCAGUGAGGGGAUCAGAACCAAAAGUAGGCGAUGUAACAACUGAGAAGGUAAGAAGCACGUCCCCUUUUCGUCGAUUGAGCAUUGGUAUGGGCAAAAUAGUGAAAAAUUCCGGGUCAAAAGAGGGUUUGACCUCAGGGAAAUUGGAUGCCAAACAUGCUUCUGCCAAAUUUGUACCAGAGAAUGCUGAAUCCUCUGCUUGCCCUUGCCCAGAAAAUCCACGCGCUGACAAGUCUAAUUCUGCUGGAAGAUCCAGGUCUAGCCCUUUGAGAAGGUUGCUGGACCCAAUACUGAAGCCAAAGUCGUCAAUUAUCCAUCACUGCAGUGAUCCAUUGCAGGAACAUUCAGUUUCUAAGGAUAAAUUGUGCACAUCAUUAAAUAGUCAAUCAGAUUCUGUGACUGGACAACCAGCAAAACUGAAGUUGGAUUUGUCUAGUUGCAAAACAAUCAAUGUCCGUGACUCCCAUUUAAACAAGAGGCAAGGAUCAUUGCCGGUGCAAGCUCUUCUUCGGGUUGCGUAUAAAAAUGGCCUUCCUUUGUUCUCGUUUGCUGUUGACAAUGACAGUGAUAUUCUUGCAGCCACGAUGAAGGAAUGCAGUUCCCCGCAAGCAGAUAAAUCCAGCUGGAUGUAUACAUUUUUCACAAUUCGUGAAGCCAGAAAAAAGAGCGGAAGUUGGAUUAGUCAAGGAAAUAGGGGCAAAGGUCAGGGUUACAUCCCUGAUGUCGUUGCUCAGAUGAAGGUUUCUGGAUCCUGCUUCUUAAAGUCGAAAUCAGGCAUUUCUACAGAUCAAUAUGGCUCUCUGGAGUAUGUAUUGCUCGCUGUGGACACUAGACUGCAAGAUCAACAAACAACAGAUUUCCAACCGAAGGAUGAGCUUGCAGCUGUUGUUGCCCAGAUCCCAUGGCCUAGGAGAAAAAGUUCGGCCCAAGAUGGGCCUGAAAAUAAUGCCCGCGAUGGCUUAUCAGAGCUCGAGUCAGUUGGUUCCUUCAAGAAUCGGCUAAGUAAUUCUUCUAAUGGAGAAAAUCCAGAUGAUCAGAAUCCCCUGGUUAAUGAAGUGCCUAUUAGCGCAACGGUGAUACUUCCGAGCGGUGUCCAUAGUCUACCAAGCAAAGGAGGACCUUCAUCGCUCAUUCAGAGGUGGAAAUCAGGUGGUUCUUGUGAUUGUGGGGGUUGGGAUAUGGGUUGUGAACUUAAGAUACUGGGCACUCAUGGUCAUCUCUGCAAGAACUUGAGUUCAUCGAACUCGUCUGACCAAUUCGCCCUUUUCUCUCAGUCUCAGGUGGACACACAGGAAAACCAGCCUGCCUUUAUUUUGGCUCCGUUCAAGGAUAACAUAUUCUCAGUCGAGUUUAGUUCUUCUCUCUCGGUGUUGCAAGCUUUCUCCAUAUGCAUUGCGGUCUUGGACAGUAGAAAACUGAUCGAGCGUGCAGGAACGCACAAUGCGGCUGAAGAAAAGCCGCUCGGCAAGACCAUAUCGACCUGCGAAGGUGGCGCUCGACCUCCUAAUCACAUCAUACGGGACGCUUCAGCAAAGUAUGUCGCUUAUCCUCCUCUUUCUCCCGUCGGGAGAGUUUAGCGCAAUCCUCGCAGAUUACGUCGCAGCUACAAAAUAUACGGGAGUAUGGUCCUGCCUUCUAAGCCUGGCGGGUCCUUUCUAUAGGCAAACCUUAAGCAAGAUGAUAAACUCUGGAGAUGUUUUUCCGGGAUAAUAACAGGGACCUUCUUCCGAGAGUUCUUCUCUCUCUCCCCUUGUUCUGGCAAAUAGUAUCGAUGCCAUCUGUAGUCAUAGACCUGUUCCUAUUUUUCUUCUCUCCAUAAUGUAAGUGUGCAUAUUUCUCAGUGA